AUGUACCGUAUUUGUCAAGUAUGCGGCGAUACUAAAUCAGUUGGUAGAAAUUACGGUUCAAUCACAUGCAAAUCAUGCCGAGUAUUCUUCUGGCGCGCCAUCACAAACAAUAAGGUAUUAAAGUGUCCGUCAAAAGGCACGUGUAGUAUAGAUAAGGCGUUUCGUAGCAUUUGUCCCAAUUGUCGGCUAAACAAAUGUUUUACUGUCGGAAUGAAAAGGGAAAGGCACCGCAUCUGCACUGAUAUAAUAGCGUUUAAAAACAAUGAUAACAACAAUAAUUUUGAUGAAAUUGAAGAUUUAAUUACCGAAACACUGAAUAUUAGUACCGAUGGACUCGUGGACCAAAUGAAUGAAAUUGAAAACUGUUUACAAACCACUUAUAUUGACACCAAUAAUGAGCUAAAAUCACUUAACAACAUAUACUAUGGUAAAAACAAGUGCCAGGACCCGACCCUAAUGCCCAUAAUCCCUGUCCUAACCGAUCACAAGGGCUGGAAUCAAAUGGAGACCAUAAAGCUGUCGGAACUGUUGACUUCGUCCCAUGUGUUCAGUUACCCGAUGGCCGACACCAGACAUAUCAUUAGAGAUAAGAUUGAAUUUUUCCGUGUAUUGUCUCAAUACACUGAGAAUAGUAUAUCGGAUGUGGUCAAAUUCACCAAGGGCCUUAAUGGUUUUAAAAUCAUCUCGGCCGCCGAUCAAUACACAUUGAUUAAGCAUGGUUGUUUUGAGCUGUUGACCCUGCGCUAUCUGGUCUAUUACGAUCACCGGAAUGAUUGUUUUAACUUUCCAUAUGCACUGCAGUGCAAAAAUACAACAAACAAACUGCGACCACAAAUGACAAUCUCAUCACUUCCACGUAUAAGAACAAAACGACCGAAGCCAAUUUUUGAGUCUUUUGUUUCGUGCUCGAGCCAAGCCACUUUGCCUUCAACACCCACAUCAACGCCUUUAUCGAGCUCCUCGUGCGCCAACCUCUACGCCCUCUACACCGACGUACACAUUGGCGUCCAGGUCCAGGACAUGAGCGUUGUGAAUGUCCAAUGCGCCCAAUUCCGAGCCAGCAAUAGCGCCAACCACACUGCCAGUGAUAGCACCUGCAACUGCGCCCACUGGGCCACCGGGGGCGCCAACCGCUGCGCCUACCUGGGCACCAGCGUAGCCUAA